AUUGUAGAAAAUCGCACGAAAACCCUUUCUGAUUUUGUUUUAUUGCAACAAUCGAUCCUGCCUUAACAUACAUAUAUACAUGUAUGGUUGAGAAUUCGUAGCGUGUGUUUAUUCUUUUUUUUUGUAUACAUUGACGUAAACGCGCAAUAAAUAGUGGAAACAUCGGCGUGACGUUUCACCGUAUCGAAAGCGCCGAUCAUUGUUGGAACACGCUGCGAACGCGCGCGCGGAAAUCUGACUCUAACCUCGAGAAUAUCUUUCGAUGAUGUCUUCGAGCAUCGCUGGAUUAUCUCUCACUGUCGAAUUUGGGGGUGGGGCGGAAUUGCUGUUCGAUAAGAAAAAGAGACACGAGCUGGACUUACCUGGCGAUGAAUGGACGUUGAAAGGACUGCUGUUCUGGUUACGAGAUAACCUCCUGACGGAGCGGCCGGAGCUCUUCAUGCAAGGUGACACGGUGAGGCCGGGCAUUCUGAUUCUGGUAAACGAUGCCGACUGGGAAUUGUUGGGUGAAGGCGAUUAUAAACUGUGUCCACGGGACAGGGUGCUCUUUAUCUCGACACUGCAUGGAGGAUAGAAGAUUGUCGUACUGAAAAAACAAACAAACUUUUUUUUUUAGAAUAUCCUUCUGUGAUCAGUUUCAAAUAAUAAUUAAGAUAUUAGUUCAUAAAAAAAUGCAAUUGUUUUGUCUUGCAAUGAUUUGAUAUUAUAUCAAUAUUGAUUUUUCAAUUGGCUCAUUUUUUGAAAUUUGGCUUAGAUAUUUUUAAUGAUAUUAAUUUAUAUAUUAUCAUGAUCUGAAUGCAUAAUAAAUGAACAGACAUGUUGUGUACAUAAUAAACUGAAAUUUUUACAUUACAUCAAUUAAUAGUUACAUAUACAAUUUGAUUUUAUUUUUGGUCACGUGUGGAUUGCAUAUUUCCUUUGUUGGUUUCAUGUUUCCAUUUUAUAAAAAAAGUAUAAUGUAAUAUAUAAAGCGAGGUAUUCAUUCGAAUAUUCUGUUUAUGACAUCGCAUAUAAUGUAAUUUAUUGGAUAUUUAAUUAAAGACAAAUUCGUUCAAAUUUGAAAAAAAAAAACUUGUUUUCGAUAAAUUGGGAAGUUUUGUAGAAGAAUAAAAAUUUUUUU